AUGGCAAUCUAUAGAAUUGCAAUUGGGUCUCCCGGAGAGGCUGGCCAACCUGAUGCAAUUAGAGCAGCCUUUGCAGAAUUCUUCUCCAUGAUCAUUUUUGUUUUUGCUGGUCAAGGAUCUGGCAUGGCUUACAGCAAACUUACCAACAAUGGACCCGCAACACCUGCUGGUCUCAUAGCUGCAUCAUUAUCUCAUGCAUUUGGGCUUUUUGUGGCUGUUUCUGUUGGUGCAAACAUUUCUGGGGGUCAUGUGAACCCUGCUGUCACAUUUGGUGCCUUCAUAGGAGGAAACAUAACCCUGUUGAGAAGCAUUUUGUAUUGGAUUGCUCAGUUGCUUGGUUCAGUUGUUGCUUGUAUUCUUCUCAAGUCUGCUACUGGUGGAAUGGAAACAUCAGCCUUUUCUAUAUCCUCUGAUUUAUCCAUAUGGAAUGCAUUAGUUUUUGAAAUUGUGAUGACUUUUGGGUUGGUAUACACAGUUUAUGCCACAGCAGUAGACCCAAAGAAAGGGAAUGUGGGCAUUGUUGCCCCAAUUGCAAUUGGUGUUAUUGUGGGUGCCAAUAUCUUAGCUGGUGGUGCUUUUGAUGGUGCAUCCAUGAACCCAGCUGUGUCCUUUGGCCCAGCUGUAGUUAGCUGGACUUGGACUAAUCACUGGGUCUAUUGGGUUGGCCCAUUUGUUGGUGCAACAAUUGCUGCCAUUAUCUAUGAUAAUAUUUUCAUUGGUGAUGAUGGUCAUGAACCCCUUUCAAGCAAUAGCUUCUAG